CAUAUGUCGGAAGUGUCGCGGGACAGUUCAAAUUUGUCAAACAAACUCAGAAAGAGAAACAUGCGAAGCUAGCAACUUGACUUCAUUUUCGAGGCAUAUUUAACUUUUGGACCACAAAAGUAUUUAUUCUACGUUUUGUUUUCGAAACCACUCUGCAAACGUGUCCAACAUGUUUGCCAGAGGCAGGGGUCGAACGCCCUACGGUAAUAGUUUAACAAAGUCCCUUCGCCCAAAGAAGACUGCACCUCUUCAUAAAAAAGAAUGGGUGAGCACCAACAGUGACCUCGCCAAGUACAAAUUGACCCCAGCCGAAUUGAAUUAUCGCAGAGAGAGCCGCAAGUCACACAACAAAGCGGUAGCUCAGUGGGAACUGCGAGAAAAAGCCUUGAGAGAGCGCUUCCGUCAUGCUGGAGGUAGUCCUUUGGACAAGGACAGUCAAAGAAUCAUAAGAGAGGUGUUUUCUGAAAAGAUGCUCUUGCAUGAUGUGCUCGCCCGCUCAGACCGAACUUUGGCUGUGGUCAAUGAGCUUUUUGGAGAACCCCAAUGCAGAACGAUUGGACAUCCCAGUGUGACACUGGCCCCAAACUCAGACUCUCCUAUUUCCCAGCGAUCCACUGAGCCACCCUCUCUCAAUGACUCCAACUUGGAUCAUCAGGCCCUAAUUGAAACAGAGAACAACGACUACUACUACAGUGAUGAAGAGCCUGAAGCGGGAAGACUCUUCCAAAGUAAAAAAAAGGAGAAGAUCAUGACGAGACGGCCUCAGCGCCAAAGGGGGCGUCAUGGUGUUAAUGAAUGCACACCAACCAGAGCACCUGUCCAAACUGCUCUUAAUGCCACACCAGUGGUCCAGCGUGUAAGGUCCAGACACAACCACUCAGAGGAACCCAAUGAGGGGGAGUCUUUGCUAGUAUCACAAGUCCUAAACCCUGACAUUUCCCCCAGACAGCCAGGUAGCUGUCAGCCUACUAAAACCAGAAAAACUGUCAAGUUUAAUGACGGUUCCUCCGUGGUGUCGUUCAACGGUGAAAAGUCAGGCCUAGGCCUGCUACAAAGCAUGUUAGCUGAAGUGGAGCACGAAUUGGAUUCCCUGAGUCCACAAACGUCGACGCAGACUCUGCAACACCCGGCGCAAGGGCUUACUGGCUUCUCCUUGGCUUUGGUGUCCACUCUGGCACGCCUGGUUCGCCUCAUUAAAAAGCGAGAACAUGACGCUGAAACCGCAAUCGAGGAAAAGCGUAAAUUGGAGGAGAGUCUGAGAGAACAACGACACCUGAUUGACGCUCUGACUGCGGAGACCAUGACUCUGAGAGAAGAAACCUCCUCCUUGCAGGCUGAAUUGAAGCAGCGCACAGCAGAAAUGGACAGAAAACUGGACUCUGCGGUGUCCGCAAUGGCGACGCACAUCAACCAACACCGAGGCGCUGAUGUCAUUGCAACAGUUCAGCAGCCUGUUUUCGAGCAACGACGAGUUUCUGUCAUUCCCGCCGUCCAGGUGUCUUCACCUGGACAAGGAGUUGCCUGGCAGACAAUUCCUGAGCCAGAACAGAACGCCUACAACAAACCGCCAACCAACAACUCAUCGUCCAGUUUUACGUCGCAAAUUUCUCCUGACUCCGGGCUCGUCGAGCUCCGCCGACUCAAAGACACGAUUAGCGCCCAGCUAAGUCAAUUUGAGAGCAUCGGAAAGUCACCUGGCAGCAGUUCGGAGCAGAAGUGUUCAGGUUCUGGCAGGACGGGGCCCGAGACUACUGCAAGGCUCGGUCAAUACACCGAUCAAAUGAUGCAUACAAAUGCGGCUACUGUCAAUAACAGCAUAUAUAGUGUACAGCAGCGGCUCCUGGAGCUCAACAGGCAAAACACAGCAGCCAGAGAGCGACUGCUGGAUCUCAUUGAACAGCAGAAGCAGACCGUUUCUGAUCGAGUUUCCCCACUCGGAUCCCCCGUGCCUCCCUCGGCGUUCAGCCCGCAACAUUCAGAUGGAAAUGGAAGCACUGAUGGAUCCCCGCUGAUGCCGACAGAAAACAGACGAUCAGCUGUUUCGCAAGUUUAUUCUCGACUUUAUGAAGAAACACAGAAGGAUGGAAGCGCACAGCAAACAGACAAGCAACAAGUACAUCAGCAGGGCUGGUUUGCUCUUUCUGCUCAUAUGCGAUGACCAGGAGAGGAUUUUUUUUUUUUUUUUUUUUUAAUGUAAAUUUUGUUUAAUAUUAAUGUUUAUAUUAGCUUCCAUUGACUGCAAUGGACGUUCA